AAAAACAAAGCCGAAACAAAUUACACGCAAGAGCCGCGUAGGGUUAUCGACCAAGCCCGUCCACGCCAUUGCCUUGUUUUUGCCGUUUCACUCGGAACCUACAAAUCUGCCUUGAAGCGCCAAACAAAACCAAUAUAAACAUUACCUACUCUUUUCCACAUUGCUUCCCUUUAUUAUUUCAUUCACUCUCUCAAUCAAAUCAAAUUUUCAGAGUGUUAUUCAAGAUUUCAGAAUGAUGGAUGGAAGAAUCUUUGGAUUCCACGUUUAGUGCUUGUUGCCGGAGAUUUCUGUUUCUGUUUUUUGUUUUUUCAGCUUUGGAAAACGGGAUGAUGUGGAGGAAAUGGUGUUCUUCUGUUAGUUUAUUGAGUCGGAGAUUGUUGGUGAAUGGAGUUCCGGGGAAUUCUUCUUAUUAUGGAACUCUAGGGCUUGGUCGUGGAGUUUCUUUGAAUCCAUCGCCGGCGGUACGAUCGUCGACAUGGUUUUGCACUAGAGUUGCUUCGUUUUCUUCAUCUGUGGAUUCAGGAAAUUCUACAGGAAUUCGUCGUGAUGCGGAAAAAAGUGAGAGCGGUGGCCCUGGGCUUGGAUCUGUGAAUGAAGAAUCUGGUAAUGGAAUUGGCGGAGAGACGAUUUCGUUUGGGGAAGCUAAAAGGCUGAUGAGAUUGGUGAAUGUCGAGGCGUUGAAGAUGAAAUUGGGGACUGAUGGGAAGGAGGCGAUUGGAUAUACGGAGCUUCUCGAAGCUUGUAAAAGCAUGGGCGUUGCUAGGUCGCAGGAUGAAGCUGCUGCUUUUGCUCGAGUUCUUGAUGAGGCUGGUGUUAUUCUUCUUUUUCGCGACAAGGUCUAUCUUCAUCCAGACAAGGUGGUGGAUCUUGUGAGACGAGCCAUUCCCAUUGCUUUGAUGCCUGAAGACGAUCCAACAAGGAGUGAGCUAAAGCAGCUGCAAGAAAAGAAGGAAGAAAUCGAUGUAUUGGCACAUAAGCAGGUGCGACGAAUACUGUGGACCGGGCUAGGUUUAGCCAUUCUUCAAGUUGGACUCUUCUUCAGGCUAACAUUCUGGGAAUUUUCAUGGGAUGUAAUGGAACCAAUAGCAUUUUUCACCACAACAACUGGAUUAGUUAUAGGCUAUGCUUAUUUCCUGUUCACUUCAAGAGAUCCCACUUACCAAGACUUGUUGAAGAGGCUUUUCCUCUCAAGGCAAAGGAAGCUGUUCAAGAAGCAUUCUUUUGAUGUUUGCAGAUUCAAGGAAUUGCAGAAAAAAUGUAAGUCGCCUCUCGACGCUACGGCAAAUAUUAAAAAUCGGGUGGGCGUAGAUCUGGAGCUCGAGGAUUGUUUGAGUAGAGAUUAACUACUAUUAUAUUGCCCUUCCUUUAUUAGGACAGGUAAGGGGUUAACUAUUAUUAACAUCCCUAAUCUUUUCUUUCUUUCUAGAGGCUGCCAUUCAAUUUUGGAGUUUAGAGUUAAUAUGAACUAGUAAAGAAUACUUGCAAUUGUUCAAUCAAAUAUGGAAUGGAAUGCACUGAAAUAACUAUUGCAUUACCAAAUCUUCAGUGUCUUUGCAGCCCAGCUGCAUUGAUCUUGUACUCAUGAAGUGAAUUUUUGAUAUUUGAACUUGAAUACUUUUUAUAAGAAUAUUACAUUACAAA